AGUAGUCACGCUGGGCGGGAUGACCGGAACAACAAGAUGGUGGAGAAUGAGGAGUUUCGGGAGUCAGUCCUGUAACACAGACUUCAGCCUGUUGACCGAUGAAACAGCCGCGUGGCCCGACGUCAAAACCAGCAUGAAUCUCCAGCAGCCGGCCCCCCUCAUUCCCCCUGUUCACCCGGAUGUGCAGAUGAAGCCCCUCCCCUUCUACGAUGUGCUGGACGUCCUGAUCAAGCCUUCGAGUCUCGGAGCGAGCACUGCACAGAGGUACCACCAAGAAAAAUAUUUCAUCUUUGCGUUGACGCCACAGCAGGUUCGAGAAGUCUGCAUAUCCAGGGACUUUCUACCAGGGGGUAGGAGGGACUAUAUGGUUCAGAUUCAGCUGAGGUUUUGUUUGUCAGAGACGAGUUGCCCUCAGGAGGAUAAUUACCCCAACAGUCUGUGUAUUAAGGUCAAUGGGAAACUUUUCCCUUUGCCAGGUUACGCACCACCACCCAAAAACGGUGUGGAACAGAAGAGACCAGGAAGACCGCUGAACAUCACCUCCCUCGUCAGACUCUCAUCCGCUGUACCCAAUCAGAUUUCAGUGACGUGGGCACCUGAGAUCGGAAAAACCUACUCCAUGUCUGUGUACUUGGUGAGGCAGCUGACGUCACCACUGCUGCUGCAGAGGCUGAGGAUGAAGGGCAUCAGGAACCCUGACCACUCCAGAGCACUAAUUAAAGAGAAGCUGACAGCAGAUCCCGACAGUGAGAUCGCAACAACGAGCCUCAGAGUCUCACUAAUGUGUCCGCUGGGUAAGAUGCGGCUGACGGUGCCGUGCCGGGCGGUGACCUGCUCUCACCUGCAGUGUUUUGACGCCGCCCUCUACCUGCAGAUGAAUGAGAAGAAACCCACCUGGAUCUGUCCUGUGUGUGACAAGAAGGCUGCGUACGAGAGUCUCAUCAUUGACGGUUUGUUCCUGGAGAUCCUGAACGACUGCUCAGAUGUGGAUGAAAUCAAGUUUCAGGAGGAUGGAACCUGGUGUCCCAUGAGACCAAAGAAAGAGGCAGUCAAGGUCCCGUCUCAGUCAGUUCCUAAAGUGGAGACUCCUCUGCGCCAGCCGUCAGUGGUCCCUCACUCUACUGAGCCCAGCUCCACCAAGAAGGCUGAUGUGAUAGAUCUCACUCUGGAGAGCUCCUCCUCCUCUGACGAUGAAGAGGACUCAGACCCUCCACUGAAGAAACGCUGUGUUUACAUUUCCAAGAGCGAGGAGAUGCAUGCAAAGGGAGUGUUGACCUACCAGCCCACCGUGCGCAUGCCGAACAUCCAGUCCCUGGACCCGUCGUAUCUGACCUCUACGCUCGCUGACUAUGCAGUCCCCUUCCACCCCUCCACCCUGGCCUCCAUCCCCACAGACAUGCAGAGUCUGGAUUUGUUUUCAUUAAUCCAAGCAGAUCCUCAGCAUUACCGGCCUCAGAUGUUCCUGGACAACCUGACCAGCAGCAUGCAGAGCGCAGCCGCAGCCAGCACCAGCUCCGCCCUGGUCUCCUCCAGCAGCCACUACGACACCAGCUCCCACACCGCCAGCUCCAUCCACGAAACCCGGGUCAUCACGGGAGGAGGGGGGGGCGCUGGAGGCGGGGCGGACAGUGGCAUCUCAGACAUCAUUUCUCUAGACUGAGCCACGUCUCUCUGGACCUUUUCAGGCCUGGUUUUUGUGGCCUUUUUUUUUAAAAAUCCGGACUACAUGUACAUGACGAGUUUUACAUGGAAGCAUCCAAAUUGGUAUAAAUGAGCUCUUUGAUGACCUGAACGGUUUCCGCAGGCCUGUCUGUCUCUGUCCUCUGGUGUUUCGUCCUGUGGGAGGAUGGUGAAUGGUUUUGGUGACCGAGACAAACAUUUUCCCAAAGGUGUGUCAGUGAAGUUCUCCAAUCUUUAAUCACAUUACAUCAAAACAAAGGUUUAGUCCAACACCCCUAGGGUUUUACUUCUGGUCUGUCUCUCUUCACCUGUCACUCACUGACGUCGGGCAGGGAGUGUACACUGAGUGGAAUCAGAGGAAAACCUCUCACAUGACAUGUCUGUGUUCAUAUCAGAAAUGUUGCCUUAACCAGUAUGCAGUUUCUUUGUGUUUCACCGGACAGUUUCACAGUGACUGUAUAGCUGGUCCUCUGACGUCCAUACAUCAAUACAGAUACAAUACUUAAAUAACCCGUCCUCAGCUCUGCAGAGGUCUGAGGUUUUCCUGACACUCUCUUUACACGUUGGAAACACGCAGGACAUUGAAAUCUUCAUUUGUACCAAUUUGUUCGCCUGCACAUGUGAAUCUGACUUCAGCGCGUUCAGGCAUGGUCGACCUGACCUGUGCCUCAUCGUCACAGAGCAGAGUCAGGCUGAGGGGAGGAAGAGCUCGGACUGACAGCAUCCUUGCAUGUGACUCACUGGUUGGAUGGAGGAGCCCCUCCCCCCCCUGUGGACUGAUGAACAGACUCUUGACUGUGGAGGUGUCUGACCCCCCCCCCCACUCAGCGUGGGCGGGGCUGUCUCUGUCUGUGUCACUGUAUCUGCUCCAGCUUUGCCUUUCAUUUACACUGACAGGAACAAGGAGGGCAGGUCAGUAACUCAUGUUUUGAUUGGCCCUCACAGAUGUCACUCAGAACCUCGAUGGGGGUUGUUACAGGGCAGCUUCUCUGUCACACAAAUGUAAAGUUUGUUCCUUUGUUCCGCUGUAAUUUAGUCAGAGCAAUAAUAAUUUAACUAGUGUUAGUUAAUAAAGUUGUAAAUGUAGUUCAGCUACUGGUCCACA